AUGGUUAAUUUCUCAUUGACUCCAAUGCACCUAUUCUAUCAUUGGACAGUGUUCACCGAUAAUCCAAAGUUAACCAAUGUCUCUAUGUUAGCAUACGCAGCGCUUAUAUCUAUCUGGUGGUUUUCAGUAUGGAAGGAAAGAGCGUGUAGAAUCCAAAAGAAGGCCCAAUUUCCAAGAUGUUCGAGGAUGCCCUGCUUUCUUUGUCGUGCCAAAAGAGAACAGCCUAGGCAAUUCAAAUUCGGGUCUUGGUUAAGUUUUUUCUUCUUAUACGCCUUUUUAGCUUGUUUCAUUUGGUCAAUCCAAUCAUUCCCUAUAAGGUACGAAACGCCCGAUUGGAAAGAGAUAUCCCAGUUUAUUGCACUGGAUAUUGGCGUCAUAUUGAUCAACUUUAUUAUAGCUUAUUCUUUUAAAGUAUAUUAUUUGCACGAUGAAGGGAUAUCGCUAACCGAAAUUGACAUAGCUUAG